AUGUCAGCCCGGAAAGUUAUCUCCAAAGUAGACAGGGUAAACCAAUGGCUUCAAUUCGCUAGACAGUGGCAUAUCAUAGACGCUAAUCAACAAGAUGCUUUCCGAUUGGGUGAUAAAGUAGCUAAACAUUUAGCUGGCCAACACAAACCGAUUUGGCAUCCCGAAACUGAUUGUGGUGAUCAUGUAGUUAUUGUAAAUUGUAAAGACGUAGCUAUGCAUGGAUUCGGAUGGAAACAUACCGCUUUUCAUUUUAAUAAGGAGUAUCCUCGGGCAAAAGCUGACAUCCCAGCCUGGCAAAUUCAUGAAUAUGAUCCAUGCAGGAUAAUGUUUCUCAGUGUGUAUAAAGCUUUGGGUAAUAAUUUAUUACGUAGAAAACACAUUCAGCGAUUACAUCUUUUCCCUGACACUGAUCUACCAGACUUCGUUAAAAACAAUAUUGGAAAUCAGUUAGAAGCAGUGCAACCCGUAGUGAAGCGAAGUGAUCAGUAUACGGAUGCUGAACGAGCGGCUUUCCCGAGACUCGUGAAAUAUCGGGAAGAUCACAUUGAGAACUGGGAAGAAUCAACUGGCAACCCAGGACGACAUGUUAAGCCUGGCCCAAACGCUAAGAAAGAUGCUUAG